GAACUGGAAUAAUAGCCUAACCACUCAUGGGGACGGAGAUGGGAAUACACCUCUUCACUUUGCUUCAGUUUUCGAGCAUCCUGAUGGAGUCAGACUAUUCAGACAAUUAUUAGAAGCUAAUCCGUCACCAGUAUAUCAAGCAAACAACAGCGGAUCAUUCCCCAUACAUGUUGCUGCCACCAUGGGUGCGAAAGAUGUCCUAAACAUUAUACUUGAGAAGUUUCCUAGUAGUGCUGGCUUGCGCACUGCUCAAGGACGGACAUUCCUUCAUGUCGCCAUUGAGAAAAAAAGACUGAACAUAGUCUCCUUUGCUUGCCAAACUCCAUCACUAAAGUGGAUUUUGAAUAUGCAAGACAGUGAUGGGAACAGUGCACUGCAUUUAGCAGUCAAGAAUGCAAUGUUUCAUAAUUUAUGUUCUCUAUGUGGUAAUAUGGAAGUGGACUUAAGUUUAGCAAACAACAAUAAGCAGACUCCUAUUGAUUUAUCCAGAAGCUUGUUUCCUCGUGGACUGAAUCAUGUUUGGAAUAGUGACCAGAUGAUAUAUGUGGCACUCAACUUGGUUGGUGCUAAAAAUAGUUCCGUUCUCUUGGAUCAUAUUGUAGAAAGGGACAGUUUUCGAGUAAAACCAGAGGAUGAGGUCAAAGAAGCACAGAAGAUGAAAGAGGCAAGCCAAAUGCUAGGCAUUGGUUCAGUUUUAAUAGCAACUGUAUCAUUCGGUGCAACUUUUGCUGUCCCUGGAGGUUUCAUAGCAGAUGAUCAUACAAAUCGAGGCACACCAACACUUGCUGGAAGGUAUACGUUUGAUGCAUUCAUGAUGGCAAACGCAUUAGCUUUUCUUUGCUCCUCAAUAGCUACUAUUGCUCCAAUGUUCACUGGAUCUCCUUUGGUUAACUUGGUGACUCGCCAAAUAAACUAUUGCGCAUCUAUUUUCUUCAUGUCGAGUUCGCUCACAUGCUUGGCUACUGCUUUUGCACUGGGUGUGUGUAUGGUGCUAGCUCCGGUUGCUAAUGCUACUGGCAUUGCGAUCUGUGUACUCAGUCCUCUCGUGAUGCUAUAUAGAAAUUUUGAAUACUUACUAAAGCUGGUUAUUCUUGCACGGCCAUUAUGCCUUCGAAUGGGACUAUAUCGUGCAUUAAAACAGUUAGCAAUGAUGAUGCUUGACAUAAUUGUCUUUGAACUCUGGCCUUUCGUACUUAUCUUCGGUUGGGCCGCAAUUGCUCGGAAGCUCCGAAACCUCUGAUGACAAGAAGCAUGAAAUGUAUGAUGAGCUACGGAAGCUAAACGAAAUGUCUGUGUGUUA